AUGACAUCUUCGAACACGAUUACAAGUUCUUGGGCUUCAUUGUCUGAUAGAGAUCAAGAUGAAUUUGACGCGGAAGAAGACAUUGAAGAAGAAGCAAAGAAGCUUAUGACUAGCAAUAGAGAUGCUGUUUUAUUUGUAAUCGAUGCAUCUUCCUCAAUGCUAAGAGCAAAUCAAUCUGAUGAAGCUACAGAGAUUCCGUUUCGUUCAGCAGUUCAAUGUGCUUCAGAAGUAAUGACUUCUAAACUUAUAUCCGAUACUACUACUGAUCUUAUUGGUGUAGUGUUUAUGGGAACGCAAAAAUCAUCAAAUACACUUCAAAAAGAACAUAUCUAUGUUCUCCAUAGUCUUGAUUCGCCUGAUAUUCAGAGAGUUAAAGAAUUAAACUAUAUUGCAUCAGGUGAUGUUGAUUUCGAUAAUGAAUAUGGUAGUACCGAUGAUGAAUAUCCAAUUGGCGAUGUAUUUUGGGUUUGCAGUGAAUUAUUCAAUAAAGAGACUUCUAAGACUCUAAAAACAAAAAGGAUAUUCUUGAUUACUGAUCAAGAUAACCCUCAUGUGUCAAAUUCAGUUUUAUACAGCACUGCGAUAACUCGCGCAAGAGUUUGUAUAUUUUUAAUAUUUAAUAUGUCCUUCUUUGAAGAUUUCUCUUAA